GUUUUCCUCUCCCCUUCUGCCUCCACACUCUUCAGCUGUUUCCUCUCUCCUGAGAAGCUUAUUUUCUCCCAGAUACGCCUCUCUAUCGUCUCUUCUCUGAUAGCACCCCAGAUUCUAGUCCAAGAUGCCUCCGAAGAAAGCUACUUCUGCCGCGCCCAAGAAGGGUGGCGCCCCUGCUCAUGCCUCCUAUCGGGGUAUGUUUCCACUGAUCUUCCACCACCACAACAUCGCGUUAUGGUGAUCCUGGAAUCGUUAUAGUCGCGCAUGAUCGCUGAUUCGAACCAUAUAGAUAUGAUCAAGGAUGCUAUUGUGAACUUGAAAGAGCGCAACGGUAGCAGCCGCCAGUCCAUCAAGAAGUAUGUUUUGGCAAACAACAACAUCACCGUCGCGUCUCCGGCCGCUUUUGAUGCCCAGUUCAACAAGGCUAUCAAGGCGGGCGUCGAGAAGGGAGAGUUCACUCAGCCAAAGGGUCCCUCUGGACCCGUGAAGCUUGCGAAGAAGGAGCAGCCUGCGAAGCCUGCAGCUAAGCCUGCAGCCAAGGCAACCACCACUAAGACUAAGAAGACACCUACCAAGAAGCCUGAGAAGCCUGAGAAGGCUGAGAAGGCCGAAAAGCCCGCCAAGACCAAGAAAGUGGCCAACACUACCAAGAAGUCGACGGCAGGACGGCCCAAAGCUAACACAGCCAAGCCUCGGAGUCGCAAGACGACUACUACGAAGACUGCCCCAGCAAUCGUGGAACAGCCCAAGGUUAUUGGCAAGACCAAGUCCGGACGGGUAACUAAGAGUCUGGCCAAGCCUGAGGCGAAAACCACUAGAACGAAGAAAACUGGCAGGACGAAGACUAUGGCAUAAAUAUGGGUGCCUGGACAAUUUUCUUGCAUACGGUUCAUGUUUGUCUUCCUUUCAUCGUGGAUUUCCGAAUGAUAUCACCUGGGUUGUGCCCUUUCUCUGGUUUUUUUGUUGCUUUCUGUUACCCCGUUUAUGCCUUUCUGUUAUAUUCC